AAUGUCUACAGUGGGGUUAGAAGGCUACGAUGUUUAACAAGAGAUUCUAAAGGACCAUCAGCACCACCUAGAGGUUUGGAGGGACAUAACUGCGUUCCUUGGUAAAUGGGUUAGAACUCUGCUCUGAACAUUACAUUGACUUGUUCUCUUCGUUCCUCCUUCCUACACUCCUUUUCUUCCUCUUCUUCCCUCUUCCUCUCUUUUUUCUUCUUUUUCUUCCUUCCUUGCAUCAUUUUGCUUGUCCUUCCUUCCUCCCGUGUGCGGUAACAUAUCUGCUUAUUUGCAGAAGAAUCCUAAGACUGAAUUUGAUUGGUCCAUUUCACUCAUAAUCUGCUCCUUGAAUGCAGCAGCUAAUCCCACAUUCAGGAGACUGGGAUCCUUCAGCCUCAGCUCAAGUGUCCUUCAGUCGGACUCUGAAACUUCUCCACUCUCCUGAAUGGAAUCACUGAGGCUCCGAGGAACGUUACAAAGACAAAAACCAGAAUUCCUGCGGGAUUACAGGGAACAGAGGGACGUUUUUAUGUCUUCAGCUGUGUCUCGGCAUCGUGUCCACUGUUGCGGCACUUGUCUCGGCUGACUGGACACACGUGGUCCUCUUCAGACCCUGCUGACACGUCGACAAUGGCUGUCAGCACCAGGGUCCUGGAGCUCAGGAUCCAGGCUGGAAACGGUCCCAGGAACCGUCACGCAGAAGUGGUCCAUGAAAGAUUGAUGUCGACUACGUGGUCGUCCCAUCCAAGUGAUGGACGUCCACCCCAGAGACGGAGGUCUGAAGACUUGAUUAGUCUCAAAGAGGCCAGUUCUUUUGCUCCAUCUGUUAGGUUCCAGAUUUCAAGAACGAGUUUUGAUCCCAUAAAGAAGUAGAUCAUCAGACUUCCACAAAGUUUGAGGCUUUAAAAGACAAAUGUUUUUGACUCCUGUCCUCUCUUUAGUCCUGCAUUUUAAUUGGUUCUUGAUCACCUGUUCUACUGUCUGGACAAAGACAAUGUCCUGCGCUUUUUUUUAUAAAGGAGAGACCCAGCAGGUGUUGAACCAAAGCUGCCCUCAUCACCUACUUAUGUAUAGAUUAAUGUCAGUGACACAAACUGAACACUAGGGGCAGCAGUGUUCCCAUGAGCUAAUAUUACUUUUGUUCAGUGACAGUGAGUCACGUCAACAUAACAUUAAUGUAUCAAAUGAAAUGAAAGUCCUGGUUUCACUGCUUCUACUGUAGGUGUUGAAUGGACCUGGUCCGGUCUGGGUUCAAGACCCAAACAGGUCUCAGGUCCACAUCUGUCUCUGUCUCAGCUGAGACUCAUCUGAUCCCGUCUCACUAAACACAUGCUCCAUGAACCUUUGACCUUUAAUAUCCGCUGGCUUCAUUUGUGGAAUCCCCCUCCUCCCCUCUUUUACACCCCCACUCUCCGGUCUCUGCCAGGCCUUAAACCAGAUCUGCUGAAUCUGGACCUGUCCCGUCUUCCUGACUUAAUCCUCAAUGACCUCAGCUCUUCCUUAAGCAAACACACCCAGACCUGAGACCAACACAGACCAGACUCGCCCACGCAGCCCUCAGAGCCCAGACUGUGAGUCCACGCGUUCAAGUCCAAAAACAGGAAACCUACAAGAGAAGUGUUUGAGUCAAAGCCCGACCAAACACCUGGACUUCAGUGGCACCAGGAUCUGUGGAAGUCCAGUGGGACUGGAACCAAAAUCUUCACAGAUGUGUUUGAAAAAAAAACAAAAAACUGAAGAAGACGGUUCUCAACAAGAGCUCCCAGGACCUGGAGACGAGAACUGACCAGAGACCCUGAUACCUGACUUCAGUUGUUGUGUUAGCAUGUUGGUAAGUAGUUACAGUUAGUUAACUAGUAACUCAUUCUUUCAGUAACAUGGGAUUAGACCUAAUCCUGGUCCAUUAAACUGUUUAGAUUUGAAAUGAAUCUGAGAUCAAAAGCAUCUACAAGGUAAUGUUAGCUUCAACAGCUAACAGCUAACAGCUAACAGCGAACAGCUUUGACAUCAUGGUGUUUUUCAAAGAUUUUAUGAAACACCUUUUCCAGUGACUUCAGACUACAGUCACAGUGGGGACGUGGCUGUAAUCCCUGAGCUGCAGUGGGAGUCACAGGUGAGGAAGAUGAAGAUGAUGAAGAUACAUUUUAUCAUCUGUGACCAACAGCUGUGAAAUUAAAUCUAAUCUAAAGUUCAAAUCCUUUCAUUUCCUUGUUCCUCAGGCGUCUACUCACACACACACACACACACUCACACACACACACACACACACACAAUGGCAUAUUUUUAUAAUAAAGUUGGACACUUAAUCCAAUUAUUAAAGUACGAAGAGUACAAAUUCAAUUUCAAAUUUAGCCUCUUGUUAAGGAGCUGGUAAUGCUCAAACUCCGGCGGCAGGUGGCGCAAGAACAGCGUCAUUGACAUCAGCUGUUUGUUUAGUUGUUUGUAAAUGGAUCUAAAUUAAAUCAUAGGUCAUUUUAUUUGGUUUGUUAUGAUGGAAGUGAUCUGGAAACAUUUAGUUCAUUGAUGUCGUUGUGUUUUUAUUUGUAUAUAUGACGCACUUAUUUCGAGACAUUAGCGGAGUAAAGAAACCUGUAGUAAACAAAGGCUACCACUAGGUGGCAGUGGUUGACAGGAAAGAUCAUUUCAGACGGGUGGCAGUUCAGGUAAUUAUCAGCUAUAGUUAGUUUUGCCUUGUUGUUAACUGUUGUUAUUUUUUUAUUGUAUCGUUUAUGUUGAUUUACUUUUUAAAAAUCAUGUUGUAUGUGCUUUUUUUAAAAAUGUUCUUAGACAAAUGAUAUGAUUUUGUUGCAUUUUAAUUCAUCCUAGUUUUUUUUUCAGUCCAAAUUUAAAAUCAGAGCAGACACAUUUUUUCCAAACAUUCAUGGAAUCCUGUUAAAAUCUUUGGAGUGUUAAAAUUUCUACCAGACAAAACAAAGAACCAGGAUGUGACCUGCGGACAAAGAUAUUUCCUGGAAUUCUCUGACUUACAGGUAGGAGUUUUCAAUUGUCUUUAAACUUUUUGACUCACGGCUUCAUAAAUACAUAUAUUUGACAAACGUAGAUUUAAAUUCUUUUAAACAAAAUGCAACAAAAAAAUAUGGAUUCAUUUUUAUAAAAUGUUUCAUUUUUGUACGACCAGAGAUCAGAAAAGUCAACUGAGAAGAAAAUGAUCCUGAGAUAAAGGAAAUAAAAACACCAAUAAAAUAAAGUCGUCUUGAUGAUGAUGAUUGGCUGGGAUUCCUUUACACCAAAGACUGUGGUCGACUUUUUAUUUGAUGAAUUAUAAUUAACUUUUUGGAAAUAAAAAAAGAGAUUUUUUUGUGUUUAUGGAGCAGUACUGAUACUAUAGUACAGAUACACACACAGUAGUAUUCACACUGUAACAGACACACACUCACGUACACACAAACACACACAGCAACAAACAGUUACUUACACACACAGUAACACACGUGCAGUAACACACAGUCAAAGUUUUUCUUCCUGAAUCUAAGAUCCCUCCUUCUCCCCCUCCUCUCUCUCUCUCCUCUCUCUCUCUCUCUCCUCUCUCUCUCUCUCUCUCCUCUCUCCUCAUCUCUCCUCUCCUCCUCCUCCUUCUGCAGCUGCGGCAGUUUCUCUUCUUCAUGGGAAUUUAUUUCUUUAAGCCUGUUUUGUUGUUUUUUUAAACUUUGUUUUCUGUUCGAAAGAAUGAGUUUUGUCUGAGGACUCAGAGUGAGGACGCAGUGAACGAGGACGCAGGGAACGAGGACGCAGUGAACGAGGACGCAGUGAGUGAGGACGCAGUGAACGAGGACAGAAGGGACAUCUUCAUGGAGAUAUCAGCUUCCAGAGUUUCAGAGAAAAAGGACAAAAUGGAUGGCAAUGGUUUUGGAGACCUGCUGAAGAAACCGUGGCCUUCAGAGACCAGAGCCUCCCUCCACACCUUCCCAUCCUUCCAUGCUCCGAUGCCGAUCGACAUUCAUCACCAUGACGGACGCGUUCACUAUGAAGCUCAUGCCCUGCACACCAUGCACAGCCCUGCAGCCUUGAACCCCAGCCCCAUCAUCUCUGACAUCUCCCUGAUCCGCCUCUCCGGCGCCGACUCCCCCUUCAGCCCACCUCACCCUUAUGUCAGUGCCCAUGUGGAGCAGUACCUGAGGUCAGUCCACGGAGGCUCCGCCCUCUCUAUGAUGUCAGCAGCCAGAGGACUGACUCCAGCUCAGUUGUGUCAAGAGCAGCUGAAGGAGCACACUCUCUUUGGACUCCACCCUGCUGCUCCUGGUUCUUCCCCGGCAGAGUUUUACCACCUGAUGACAGGUCACCGUGGUCCGUACGGCAAUGAGCUGCUGAUGUCAGGGGGCGGAGCCACGGGAGCCGCCCAUCUGACUGAUUACAUCACACCCAUCGACGUGUCCAGGUUCCCCAGUCCCAGACUGACCUCCAGGCUGAACAGGAAGCGGACCAUGUCGAUCCCUCCACUGUCGGACGGCAGCAUCGACCUGCAGACCAUGAUUCGGACGUCGCCCAGCUCCCUGGUGGCCUACAUCAACAGCUCCAGGUCCAGCUCAGCAGCCGGCGGCUCGUACGGGCACCUGUCAGUGGGCGGUCUCAGCCCUUCCUUCCCGUUCCCUCACCACAUCAGUCCGGUUACGUACCAGCAGAUCUUCUCCCAGCAGCAGCAGCAGCAGCAGCAGCAGCGAGGCCGAGGCGUCAGCUCGUUCGGACACAUGACCCCGUUCAUCCAGGCUCCGCCUCCUUUCUGCGGCCGACAGCCGGGCCUCGACUUUUUGUCUCUGAGUUCCAGCAGUGAUCUGACGUCCAAGAACUUUGGGGGUGACUCGUCUGUCAGCAGCACCGUUGACACCAUGUUCACCAAGAGGUCAAAGGUGAAAAGUGAAGCAGAGAGACUGAAGUCGUUCUCUCCGCUCAGUAGCCUGGAGGAGAGGAAGGAGUUGAAGGAGCUGAAGGAGGACGUGGAGCCAGACGGGUCCAAACAGGAGCAGGAGGUGUUUUAUGAAACCAAGUGUCAGUGGGAAAACUGCAGGAGAGAGUACGAGACGCAGGAGCAGCUGGUCCACCACAUCAACAACGAGCACAUCCACGGGGAGAAGAAGGAGUUUGUCUGCCGCUGGGAUCAGUGUUCUCGGGAACAGAAACCCUUCAAGGCUCAGUACAUGCUGGUGGUUCACAUGCGCCGUCACACGGGGGAGAAACCACACAAGUGCACGUUCGAAGGCUGCUCCAAGGCUUAUUCCCGACUGGAGAACCUGAAAACUCAUCUUCGCUCUCACACCGGGGAGAAACCGUACGUCUGCGAACACGAAGGAUGUAACAAGGCUUUCUCUAACGCCUCGGACCGAGCCAAACACCAGAACAGAACACACUCCAACGAGAAACCGUAUGUGUGUAAGAUCCCAGGCUGUACCAAACGCUACACUGAUCCCAGUUCACUCAGGAAACACGUGAAGACCGUCCACGGUCCAGAAGCUCACGUGACCAAGAAGCAGCGAAGCAACCUGACACCCAGGCCGCCAGUACAGAGGGAGGACGUGGAGAACGAGGCUGAGAACAGAGACGUCAUCCAGACAGAGGAGAAGAUAACAGACAGCAGCUCCCCUAGAGGCAGGGAUGAGUACUUGCACAUGAAAUCUAUCAAGACAGAAAACUCUGUGAUGUAUCAGUCCUACCCUGGUGGGCAGUCAUCAUGUAGCAACCAAUCAUCAUCAUUUGUCAGUGCCACCAACGAUGAUAGUGGAGUAGGCGGGGAAAACCUGGAGGACUUCAGCACUUUGGAGCAGCUGCCCUUCAUGGAGAACUUGAGCUUUGAAGAUCUUUCCCCUGGAGUUUUGGCCAUAGUUCUGGAGGUUUUGAAACAACGUGACACCAGCCAGCUAUUGCAGCAUCUGAAGAAGAAGUGGCUGAAGCCAGUGAGGGUUUUGUGUUGGUGCGUCAAAAAACCCAACACUCUGGACCUUGGCCUCGAAAUCUCACCAGUACCAGCAACAGGUUUCUCCUGGAAAAUUCAAGCCUGGGUUGAGGUCCAACGUCCUUCCAUGGAAUGGGUUUUGAUCAGCUGCUCUCUGAUAAAAUGAACCCCAGCUGAAAAUCUACAUCAGCACUGAGACUGCAUCUCCAGACCCUCCAACACCUUGAGCUGAAAUGACAGCUCAGCCACCAUCUCUUCACCAUCAGUGGGUGCUCAAGCCACACCUCAAGGGAACAAGUUGAUAAGAAGAACCCUCUUCUGACUCCAGUUUCAAGGCCAAAUACAGACCACCGGAGAUGCGUCACCAACCCCUCUAGUGAAGACGCACACAGGCAGGUGUGGAGACCCUACUGCCGUAAAAAGACCUACAUGCCAGGCUGAACUGGGAGCACUAAAACCCCCUGAAAUGUCCUCCAACGUCCCUCACCACAGCCAGUCAGACAAAUGACUACAGGUCUGUCAACAUGGCUCUGCCUGAGUCCUGGGUCCUGGGUCUGAACACCGUCAUUAACCAAACAGGACUUUCUGAGAUAAGACUCCUAACACGUGUCUCGAUGGAAAAGGAUUCAUGACUAUGAAAGAGUUCAGAUCAAGAACCCCGGUUUACAGGGAACCUAGCUGUUCUCAGGGAGAACCACGACUUUAGAUCUUCUUAUAACAACAUAAGCUCUGAUAAGGAGAUGGUUUAACACUGACUAACACCACAUGACAGAGCAGACUGAGACUCAGACAGAGGCAUGGACUCCAAGGUCAUGGUCUACAAACAGGAGUAGAGAAGAACCGCUACCUUGACCUGAUGUUUUAACCUCAUGUACAUAAAAGCUAAGCUAACAGAAUUAGCUGGUGUCCAGUGAACAUCAGUCCAACGACUCUUUUUUUUUUUUACUUGUAAAAUGUAACAUUUAAAUAUAUAUACAUAUAUAUUUCCAAAGCCAUAUUUGUGUUUGUAUGUUUACCAAAAUCAGUCAAUACUGUGUAUAAACAACAUGACUCAGUCAUACAGGCCUGGACUAUGGUGAAGUGCCUACUUUAAACCAAAUGUGUUUUGUUGAACUGUACAGUACUGUGUAAACUCCAUUUGAAAAAGAAAAAAAAAGCCGACAGUUAUGACCCACCGCUGCCUCCAUCAAAUAUGUAAUUUUAUGACUUUGUUGCUAGGAAUCUUUUUGUUUUUAGUUUCUGUCUGAAAAAAAAGAUAAAUCUUUUUUAUAAACUUUUGAAAUAAUGAUUUGUAUCGAACCCUAACUGCAGCAGCCGUCUUUUUCCUACACUGUUACACAUGGCUAUGUCUCAUUUUCUAAUAAAAAAAGUUUUUUAUUUCCCUUCUUUCAGAAAAUUAGUAACACAAUGAUCCUUGUUUUCCUGAAGUCAAUCAGUUUUGCCACUGUAUUUUUAACAAAACCGU